AGAACUACCAAAAUUUUGGAACUAUUGUUUAUUUUUUCGUUCUUUUUAACCUCAUUAUAUGAAUUGCGAAUUGUACAUUUUUUCUCGUAUUCUAUAGAACUCACCAUUUUGUGCCGUUUUAUGUGUGUAAUAUAAUAAUUAUGGCUGCAGGCGAUAGAAAUGUUGUGCGUUUGAUCAUAGAUUUGAAUCUGCAAUUUGAGGCGUUCGAUGACUACAAUGCUCCCAAUUUGUAUGACGAGCUGAUGGACCUGCACAAGUUAACUUACGACAGGAUCUUCAGUGAAUUGCCUCAAGUGUUUGAAUGCAACAGAAACGAUGAUUCCCCACUGUGGAAAUACAUUCUGAUCAAUUGUCAUUGCCUGUUCAAAUUGAUCAAGAAUCAAGCGAGUUUCGAGUUGGACAGUCUGAAAUCUAAGAAGGAAUUCGAGAAGGCCUUGUCGAUCCUCGUAUGCUUUGGGAUCAAGUGUCACUUGGUGCCGGGGAUGCCUCAGUAUUCUCAGUGCAACUUGAAUUGCCUCGUCAAGGACGAUUGUUAUUUGAUUCUUAAACAGUACAAUUAUCUGCUGGUGACUGUUUUCACUUUGCUGGAAUGCAUGAAGAAUUCUUAUUUGAAGUCGUUCAUCUUGCUGAAUCAGAUUCAGCCUAUUAUGAAUGGGCUUUACCAGUUGAUGCAUUGUCCGCUGAAGAAGCCGUCGUCGAAGACGGAUGCCGGUUUUCAAAUGACCCACGAGAUCUACGAGAGGAUCAUGAAUCAAAGGGCCGCGUUGCAGAGUUACUGGCGGGUCAUCCCGGAUGCGAUGUCGAUGUCGCAGUACGUUAAGGAAACACUGGUGCUGCUGGAUAAGAACGAGUGCAAGUGGUUCGUGAAAGCGGUGAGCAGGAAUCUGACGAAGCUGAUUCAGGCCAAAGACGGGAUUCAGACGGUGAGCGUCGCCUUGCUGCAGAACACGGCUGGUUACGAUCCGAACGAUUCGGCGAACGCGUGGAAAGCCUUGGUCACCAUCUUCAAGUUGAUAAACUCGUUGAGCAACAGUGUAGAUUUCGAGGGGAAUAUAUGCAAGCAGAUCAUCGGGUUGCUGAGCGCGGAUUCCGCUUACAAGACGACUUUUCAAUCGAUCUUCGUUGGAUGUCUGAAGAACUUCCAUUUGGAGGGAAAAUCGCAGAAGCUGAUCGACGCGUUGUUCGAACCGCUCAUGGUUUUGGUGGAUCCCAACAUUGCGGUGACGGGUGAGCGCGAAUUGAACGAGCUCGGACGAUCCGUCUCCAUAUUGCAUUCGUCUUGCAUCGGGCGCAGCUUGAACAUGCCCAAUCUUUCCAUCGAGACCAUCAAACCGGUCAUCAACAUUCUCUUCCACUGCUACGACCCGAGAUCCAAGAACGCUUUCAACAGGAAACUCACGGAACUCAUCUGCAAGUUCUUCAAGGAGAACAGCACGUACGAGGUGUACGAUCAGAUCAUGUUCGGCGGAAUGAGAAACAAUGUUAUCUUGAGGCCGAGAGAGGACGUCUGCGUCGUGGUAACGGACGACGCGAUAAUUAUUAAGAGGAUGGAAAGCGGCUGGGACAAGUACUCCGAUAAAUUGGUGAUGCUGUGCAAGAAGGACUCGAGAUUGUCGAUGAAGCUGUUCCUGCAUCUCCUCAAUUGCUUGAAGAACGAAAUGCAGAGCGACACCACCGAAUACCAGAAGGCUGGCAGAUGCGAGACGAUCUAUCAGAGUUUAUGUCUUUUAGCUAUCGAUCCGGUGAUCGUGGAGAAGAUCCAUCAGGCGCCGCAGGAUAUCGUCUCGUUCAUGGUCUUCGUGCUGAAGAACAUCAAGAGCAAAGGGCAUCAGGCGAACGAUCCGAACGUGGCAAUCACGAAGUGCGUUCUGUCUCUGGUUUUGCUGCUGGUGAAAACCGACGAGAAAGGGUUCCUGAUCCAUUACGAACCGCUGGUUGAGCCGUUGCGCGAACUCCUCACCAACGACAGCUACAGCGGACUGAAAGGAUUGAUCACGGAAGUUCUGGAUUUGUUAAGGAAUAAACUGAGGAGGCGGAAGACUAAGGUCAGCACGGCUGCUGAGAAAGCUAUACUGGACGUAUGCGAUCAGCAUAUACCUGUGAGGGCGCACGGUUUAUUGACGUUAACCAAAUUGAUCUUAGCCGAAGAUCAUUCGGCUGUCGAACGAAAGGAUUUCAUCUUAACGCUAUUUCAGCAAAGCGUUGGUCACUCCGAUUCUUACGUCUAUUUAAUGGCUAUUAAUGGUUUAGCCGCCAUGGGAAAAAUGUACCCCAAAGACGUAUUAGAAUCUUUGACAGACGACUACUUGGAUCCGUCCAGGAGGAACGAGGAUAACAGGAACGCGAACCGCUUAAAAGUUGGAGAGACUCUGGUCAGAUUAACCAGGAAUUUAGAUGAAAAAGUCUUGCCGUAUAAAUCCAUGCUACUGAACACGUUUCUGGCUGCAGUCAAAGACGACGACUUUCUGAUCAGAGCUUCCAGCCUAUCCAAUCUCGGCGAAGUCUGCAGGAUUCUCGCGUACAAAUUAGGCCCGAUCUUACCGAACAUUCUGAAAUGCGUGCACGACGUACUCACCGACGAUCCAGCGAUCGAAGCGCGAAGAGCCUCCGUCACCGUUCUUCGACAGUUGUUCGAAGGACUAGAGAGAGACACCCUUGUCGUCCUGCAGGAUCACAUAGCCGAGAUCUACCAGACGCUGAAACAUCUUUACAACAACAACGAGGACGAAGUUAUGAAACUUCAAGCGCAGUUGGCCUUGGAACAAUUGAACGACAACAUCCUGCAGUACAUGAGGAGUCUGAAAAUUUGAUCGAAUCAAUUAAUUCUGCCACAAAAACUGU